ACAGAAGCUAAUAGGCUACAUGCUAACGCUACAGCUCCCAUUAUCGGACAGACAUGAUGAUUUAACAUAACGGUUAGUUUUUUGACAACAAAAAUAUAUAACCAGACAAUUGCAAUUAAAGCCUUCAUUUUACACGCCAUGGACAAUUAUAAUGUUAGGUAGUAAGGUAUUUGUAUUACAGAAAUGUGUGAGUGUUUGUAGCCGAGCGAGCAGCAGUGUAAAGUGAGACCUGACACAGGUGCACAGUAUCAAACUAAUUAGGGGAAAAGUCAGCAACUGAACAGACGCUGUGCAGGACGCCUAUUAACAUCAGCUUGGCUGCAGCCCAAUGCCAGCUGAAGCGUGAUGCAUCCAGAGCAGCCCAGAACGGGCUUCGCCCUGCAGAGACGACGGGCAGAUUCAGCCCCUCGGGGCAUGUUGAGCACCGGCCUACUGCAGGGCCUCAUCCAGAGUGCCAGGCCUCCUUCCUUCUGCUUCCUGCUCCCCAGGGUCCAUGCAGCUGAUGUGGCUGCUGCCCAGCCUGCACAGAUGCCCUCUCCCUCCUCCUCCUCCUCCUCCUCCACCAGUUCUGCUCCUGCACCCAUCCCCUCUUCCAGCACCAUGCCAAGGAUCAUAGGCAAGCCAGAAUUCCCAGACACAGGAUGGGACCGUAUCAAGGACCUCUUUGACAGAGAUGCAACACAGAGGUACCCAGAGGAGCUGACCAACGUGGUAAAGAGCGGGUUAGUUGGCGCACUUGCAGGCUUGCUCUACGGAGGCCUGCCAGCAGCUUUCCAAGCCAAGCAGAGGUAUAUCCAAGUCAGCCAGGCGGAAAUCUACACCAGCAGAGUGGACGCAGUGCGCUCAGCCCAUAAUGCAGCAGUCCGGGGCUUUGUGAGGUAUGGAUGGAGGUGGAGCUGGAGAGUGGCUGCUUUUGUCACCCUAUUCAAUUCUGUCAGCACAGGGCUGUCUGUGUACCGAGACAAGUAUGCCCUCAGCCAUUAUGCUGCAGCUGGAGCUGUGACUGGAGGCCUUUUCAGACUGAACCUGGGCCUGCGAGGGUUGGUGGCAGGGACAGUCAUCGGAGUAGUGAUGGGGAUUCCCACUGGUGCUUUGAUCAUCAGCAUGCAGUCGGUGGCCGGAGAAACUGUCAGAGAGAGGAGGAGGAAAGAGCGCAGGGAGCUUUACGAGCUCAAACUCUCAGAAUGGUCGGCUCGUCUGCAGUUGACAGACGAGUUGAUCGGCGAUCUGAAUGUCAGCACUCAGACAGAGGAAACCAGUAAGGACAUGCAAAGGAUCCAGGAUCUGCUGAGCUUACCGCCGAAGGAGGAUGUGACUCAGGACUCAUGCAGCGAGUGACAGUUGCUGCCUUACUGCCUGUUAUCUGUUGGACAUUGAAGGUGGGAGUUCACACACCUGGGAGGAUAAAUGGGUCUCUUCUUUGGCUGGACUCCACACACCUUCUCUCUAAAUGGAAACUGCUUCACAUGAGAAUUAAAAGACGCUGUUGUACCUCACCAACUACUGUCCUCCAGCUCUGCCUGCUGUAUGUGUGUGUGAGCACUGUACAUCUAUCUCUGUGAGAACCAGUUUGACAUUUUGGGAAAGUGAUUAUUUAUACAUUUGCCAGUGUAAGGAUACGACCUGAGAGACUGAGGUCAGGUAACCUUGUUGUGUAUCCCCAAAAGAUGUUUCCUUUGCUUUCAAAAUCAGCUCAGCUCAUGUUUAAUAUGGGCUUGUGUCCUUCACUAUUGGCUCCCUUAUGAAUAAACAAUAAAACCAAACAAAUUUAAAACCACA